AUGGUUCAAAAUCCUGGCGUUGACAUGAAAAUAACAGGAACUUAUGAGAACGGUGUAAAUUUUAAUCAACUCGUGAAAGAUGGCGUGGAACCACUACAUAAAAUCUCGUUUGUUGGGGACCUUUUCUUACACUUUUUAGCCAACCUUUCCUAUAUUGAUGAUCCUGGGAUGAAGGCCAAGUUCACAUCAGGGAUAAUUAAGGUCGAUGAUGGUUAA